AAAACAGAAAACAGAAACCGGCAUUAGAUUUUAACCAGACAUUGGUCUCGCUCGUCACCUCUGCGCAGAGAACCAGUACCCGACACGGCAUCUCUCCUCUCGCUCUCUACAAAUCCAGCUGACUUUGUUUUAGGGUCUUCUAUGACUUUCUUCUCCAUUUACUAGUCUCUCUCCCUGCUUGAGUCUUUCAGCGGACCCAACCCCAAACCCUAGCUCGUCGCUCGAUCGAGCAUGUCGAAAUCGCUGCCAUACUCCAUGAAAGAUGUUCACUACGACAAUGCCAAAUUCCGCCAUCGAUCCCUCGUCAAGGUCAUUAAUCGGAUCUUGCUCACAAGUAGUAUGAAACAUGAAUGUAUGAGAUGUAGUACGGGGAAGUUUUUGGUGUUGUUAAUGAUUGGUGGUUUGGCAUAUCUUUUGCUAAUGCAUACAAGUCCUGUCCAUUCUGUUUCUAAUGGGGUAGCUAAAGGUAUUAGGACUGUGGAUGAAGAAAAGUUGACCAUGAAUGGCAGCAGCAGCAGAUUUCGAAACUUUUGGAGAAAACCUCCAAGGCUUCCUCCUCGAUUAUCGCCUGAUGAAAAGGGUAGUAACAGUUCUGUUCCUCAGCCUGAAAAGCUAGAGGCAGCAUCGAGAUGGAUAGCUAGGCAAAGAAGGGUCAAGGAGGCGUUUAUUCAUGCAUGGUCUGGCUAUAAAAACUAUGCAAUGGGUUAUGAUGAACUCAUGCCGUUGAGCCAGAGGGGCAUUGAUGGCUUGGGAGGUCUAGGUGCUACUAUUGUCGAUGCUUUAGAUACAGCGAUGAUAAUGGGUGUUGAUGAAGUCGUUAUUGAAGCAGGUUCAUGGAUUGAAACACACCUUUCAGAAAGGAUUAAUCAGAAAGGCCAAGUUAAUUUAUUUGAAACUACUAUACGUGUUUUGGGUGGUCUUCUGAGUGCUUAUCAUUUAAGUGGAGCAAGUGCAAUGAAAUCAAUGCAUAAAGGGCCUAAACCAAUUGUUUAUCUAGAAACUGCCAGGAACUUGGCUGAUCGUCUGCUAAAUGCUUUUACUUCCAGUCCUACUUCUAUUCCAUUUAGCGAUGUUGUUCUGCAUGAUCGCUCAGCACAUGCAGCUCCUGAUGGAUUGAGUAGUACUUCAGAAGUUUCCACCAUACAGCUUGAGUUCAAUUAUCUUAGUUCUGUUUCCGGUGAUCCAAAGUACAGCACAGAGGCCAUGAAAGUCUUGGAACAUAUGAAGACUCUGCCAAAGGUGGAAGGACUAGUUCCUAUCUACAUAAGUCCUUACUCUGGUGAAUUUAGUGGAGAAAAUAUUAGAUUGGGAUCUCGUGGUGAUAGCUACUAUGAAUACCUGAUAAAAAUAUGGCUUCAGCAGAGAACCAGUCGAGAUAAUAAUAUAACAUACUUACAUGAAAUGUAUGAGGAAGCAAUGAAGGGUGUUAGACAUCUUCUUGUACGGAAAACUAUCCCAAAUGGAUUGUCUUUUGUGGGGGAAUUGCCUUAUGGAUCUAAAAGUGCUUUUAGUCCCAAAAUGGAUCACUUGGUGUGUUUCCUUCCUGGUACGCUUGCACUUGGUGCCACUAAAGGCAUUACGAAGGAAAAAGCUAUGAAAGAUAAUCUGCUCACCUUCGAUGAUCUGGAGAAUUUGAAGCUUGCAGAAGAUUUGGCUAAGACAUGCUUUGAGAUGUAUUCUGUAACCUCAACUGGUCUUGCUCCAGAAAUUGCUUACUUCCAUACAGAGGAAUUUAAUGAAGAAGGUCUUGAUGGUGGAAACAAGACUUCAGAAUACAUGAAUGACAUAAUAAUCAAGCCUGCUGAUCGUCACAAUCUUUUGCGUCCUGAAACUGUUGAAUCAUUGUUUACCCUGUAUCGAAUCACAGAAGACUCCAAAUACCGUGAAUGGGGUUGGCAGAUCUUUGAAGCAUUUGAGAAAUACUCAAAGAUUGAUUCUGGAGGAUACAGUUCUCUGGAUGAUGUCACUACUCUUCCCCCUCGAAGAAGAGAUAAGAUGGAGACGUUCUUCAUGGGCGAGACUCUGAAGUACUUAUACUUGCUUUUUGCGGACAACUCUCUUAUUCCAUUAGAUAAAUACGUUUUUAACUCAGAAGCCCAUCCUUUUCCAAUUCAAGACACCAUUAAGAAUUUAAGGGGGGAUGAUAAUUCCAGUGGAGCUGAAGCAUUCAUGUGAAAUGAAGGAUUGUAGGACUUCUGAAUUCUUUUGAAGCAUUCGGAGACUUGAAUAGUCUCAUGUACUCACUGCUGCAUCUUUCAUGCCAUUCUGUUGGCACAACAUUUACAUGGUUCAACUGUCUUAUCUGGUACCAGAGGGCAUUCAGAUGGCAGGAUACUUGAGAGUUACAGAAGUUGGCUGAACUUGCUUAUGCUUUGGAUCUGUGGCUGACUUGAUAUACAUCCAUCUACACCAUAUGCAGAAGUGUAUAGGAAGGCAAAGUUUUCCCUCCAAAAGUAUCAUGAGAUGUACUUGCUGUAAUAAAUGUUAUAAGGAACAUAAGUGAUCCGGGGUUUUCCAUUUGAAAGUAAUGAUCUGUGAGCAACCAUUGGUCAUUGAUUUCCCUAAUUUUCCAGAAUUAUUGCUGGCUUUACUCAAUUUAAUUAACUGCUGUAAUCUAUAUUACUUGUUAAUACAUUGCCUAAGAGUUACAAGCUUUCUGCA